GCACUAUUUGUCUGCAUUUCUGCUUUGUCUGAGCUAUAAAAUGUAUACUGUAUAAAUAUAAUAUAUAAAUGCUUAUUCAGGAUGUUCCUGGCCCCGCUCGAUCUCGAUCUGACCCACCACCGCCACCAACUCCUCGCCAACUCCUUAACACAACUCACAACUACAGACUAUCCAUAAGAUAUCAAUAAAAUGGCUCCCCACGAAGGCCUCGUCCACCCGAAGAAAUACGACAUCAAAGACAGCAACGUCGAGCUGGUCGGCUCCGAUCUCGACCACCGCGUCAAGCACGCCUCCGCCCUCAGUGAGCCCGCCUGGCACAAUGGCAAAGUCGGCCAGGAACCAGGCCUCUUGAUCUGGCGCAUCGAGAACUUCGAGGUCAUCCCCUGGCCAAAGGAGCAAUACGGCCAAUUCUUCGAUGGUGACAGCUACAUCGUCCUGCACUCGUACAAGCUGGGCGACAAGCUGGGCCACGACAUCUUCUUUUGGCUGGGAAACAACACCACCCAGGACGAGGCCGGCACUGCCGCCUACAAGACCGUCGAGCUCGAUGAGUUCCUGCAUGGAGCCGCAACUCAGCACCGCGAAGUGCAGGAGUAUCCGUCCGAGGAGUUUGCCUCGCUUUUCCGCCGUAUCACCAUCCGCUCGGGCGGCGUCGACUCUGGAUUCACCCACGUCGAAGAAGAGGCGCCCAAGGAGGUCACCACCUUGCUUCGCGUGUUCAAACUCCCUGGUGGAGGCCGCAUUGACUCCAUCAUCGUCUACGAAGUCAAGCCCACCUGGGAAAGCCUCGACGACGACGACGUCUUUAUCCUGGACAAGGGCGAGAAGAUCUGGGUCUGGCAGGGCAAGAACUGCAGCCCGAUGGAAAAGGCCAAGUCGGCGCAGGUGGUGCACGACAUGACACUCGCUAAGCAUAUCGACGUCGAGGUCCUGUCUCGCCAUGAAUCCCGGUCCAAGAUCAUUGUCGACAUGCUGGGAGGAAAGGACGUCCAGCAGACCACUUUCAAGGCUCCUCGUCCCAUCUCGCAGUCCAAGAGGGCGACGGCAAGUGCAGAUGCUUCCUCUCGUAAAUUGUUCCGGCUGAGCGAUGCCUCGGGGCAGCUUUCCUUUGAUCUGGUCAAGGACGGAGGACGAAUCCGCAAGGCAGACUUUGAUGGCAACGACGUCUUCUUGUAUGACGUGGGAAGUCACCUCUGGGUUUGGCAGGGACUGGGAGCAAGCGAGAGAGAGAAAGCUUCGUGGAUCAGAGUCGCCCAGGCCUACGUCCGCCAUCUCCAGAGCCAGAACGACUCGGAUGCUUACACGGUCCCGAUAUCCAAGGUGGUCCAGGACUACGAGAGCCCCUCGUUCAUGAAGGCCAUUGAAGUCUAGAUAAGCCAAUUCAACAACUGUUGUAAUAUAAAUAGUGUAUUGUUGUAGCUACUACUGAUCUGCAAAUAUAUAUAUAUGUUAGUUACACUACAGCAGUGCAGGCCCUCAGUACAGGCCAUCUGCCGCUGAUAUCCAUUUCUGACACCCCAGCUCUAUAGUAAUUAGAUAUAUAUAAAAAUAAUACAAUAACAAAAACCAAAAAAAUAACGUG